AAGCAAUAUUCUUUGAGGCUAUUAGUCUACGGGGCUUACCGACUUCCUUUAGCAGAGGCCAUAUUGUUGAAGGCUGAGGACUAACACCGGUAAAAUGAUUUCGGCACGAUUGUCUGCUUCUUUGGUUCGACAGCUUCCCAGGGCUGUCAAUAAGGUCUCUAAAUAUGCCCUGGGUGCUGGAAUGGUUGCCGCCAGAAAACUUUCUACAUCACAGCCAAAAUUGGCAGCAGGGGGUUCUGAAGUAUCAUCCAUCUUAGAAGAUAGAAUUUUAGGUCAAGCUCCUGAAGCCAAUCUUGAAGAAACUGGUAGGGUAUUAUCUAUUGGAGAUGGUAUUGCUCGUGUAUAUGGCUUAAAGAAUAUCCAGGCCGAGGAGAUGGUGGAAUUCUCCAGUGGUCUAAAGGGUAUGGCAUUGAAUUUAGAACCUGACAAUGUUGGUGUUGUAGUAUUUGGUAAUGAUAAAUUGAUCAAAGAAGGAGAUAUUGUAAAAAGAACAGGAGCUAUUGUAGAUGUACCAGUUGGUAAUGAAAUUUUAGGAAGAGUUGUAGAUGCUUUAGGUAACCCUAUUGAUGGAAAGGGUCCAAUUGGAACACCAAACCGUGCUCGAGUAGGAGUUAAAGCUCCAGGUAUCAUUCCAAGAACAUCCGUAAAAGAACCUAUGCAGACAGGAAUUAAGGCUGUAGACAGUUUGGUACCAAUUGGUCGAGGUCAACGAGAAUUGAUCAUUGGUGAUCGUCAGACUGGAAAAACCGCCAUUGCUGUAGAUACAAUUAUUAACCAGAAACGUUUUAAUGAAGGAUCGGAUGAGAAAACUAAAUUGUACUGUAUUUACGUAGCUAUUGGUCAGAAGAGAUCAACCGUAGCUCAGUUAGUAAAACGUCUUACUGAUGCAGACGCCAUGAAAUACACCAUUGUUGUCAGUGCUACUGCCUCCGAUGCUGCUCCUCUACAGUACCUUGCACCAUAUUCUGGUUGUGCUAUGGGUGAAUAUUUCCGUGACAAUGGUAUGCAUGCUCUGAUCAUCUAUGAUGAUUUAUCCAAACAGGCUGUGGCUUAUCGUCAAAUGUCCCUUUUACUUCGACGACCCCCAGGACGUGAGGCUUACCCUGGUGAUGUCUUCUACCUCCAUUCUCGUCUUUUGGAAAGAGCUGCUAAGAUGAAUGAAGAUAACAAAGGUGGAUCUCUCACUGCUUUGCCAGUUAUUGAAACCCAGGCUGGUGAUGUAUCCGCUUAUAUUCCUACAAAUGUCAUCUCUAUCACAGACGGACAAAUCUUCUUGGAAACUGAAUUGUUCUACAAAGGUAUCCGACCAGCCAUUAAUGUAGGUUUAUCAGUAAGCAGAGUAGGAUCUGCUGCCCAGACUAAAGCCAUGAAACAGGUUGCUGGUUCCAUGAAAUUGGAAUUGGCUCAAUAUCGUGAAGUUGCUGCUUUCGCUCAGUUCGGUUCAGAUUUAGAUCAAGCUACACAAAAUUUACUCAACAGAGGUGUCAGACUUACAGAACUGCUCAAACAAGGACAAUAUGUUCCAAUGGCCAUUGAAGAGCAAGUAGCAGUCAUCUUUGCUGGUGUCAGAGGUCACUUAGAUAAAUUGGACCCAUCUAAGAUCACAUCAUUUGAGGCUGAGUUUUUGAAACAUCUUAGAAGUAGCCAAACUGACCUUUUGAAAACCAUUGCCACUGAAGGAAAAAUUUCAGACGCUUCAGAAGAAAAAUUAAAAGGAAUUGUAAUAAAUUUCUUAUCGGGAUUCAAUGCAUAACCUGUUAAAAAUCACCAAGACUUUUAGUGCUGUUAUUUUGUGACUGAUAAAAGUAGAUAUAUUUGAAAGUGAAGGAAGAAUGGUCAUUUGAUUAAACGUACCUAUUUUAACAAAAUAGUAAAAUCAAGGGGCCUGCUUUAUAUAAUGAUAUUUAUACGUUUAGUUGUACGUUGACAAAGACCAACAAAAUUAUUGUACAGAUGUUAAUAUUGAUGCGUUUCUUAAUAAAUGCAUUAAACAAGAAA